AAGGAGAUGAUGGAGCUGAUGAAAUCUAAGGGUUUGUCUGCAUGGAUCCAGUGACUGGCGUCUGGGAUGUACUGGAUGUCAGCACAAGGAAACAACCGCUGGAUUUCGGGAAAAUCAUCAGAGCUGCGAAGAAAGAAAGAAACCCUAAGGCCUACCAUCUGGGGGGCUACGUUUGCCGUUCCACAGUGGAGCAUCCCCACCAAUGACUUUGGUGUGUUUACAGUACAACACCAGUUGCUGUGUGUGACAACAUCAGAACCACAACAGGUGUGUCUACGUGUGAGGGUGGGUUUUACCUGAGUGUACAGUACAUCAUAGUAGAGAACAUUACUGGACUCCUCCUCCCCUAUCUUAUGUACCUACUCUCCUCUCAGCCCUCUCCCAUUUAAGAAAACACACCUGAACCACACUUCCUCACAGAAAAAGCCAACAAGUGUCAGCUCUACGUUACAGACAGGGAGGAACGAGAGCUCACAGAAAGACCUUUAAAGUCAGGAGUCAGGACUGAGUCAGAGACAGACGUUUCAGCUCGAAGAACAAGACCGCUGCACAGAAUGGUUUCUGCCGGGUUUCAAAUACUGGGCACAGCCCUGGGGAUCAUUGGCUGGAUUGGUGCCAUCGUCGUGUGUGCCAUUCCCAUGUGGAAGGUCACAGCUUUUAUCGGCAGCAACAUCGUCACCUCGCAAACCUCCUGGGAAGGUAUAUGGAUGAACUGUGUUGUGCAGAGCACAGGUCAGAUGCAGUGUAAGGUCUAUGACUCCAUGUUGGCUCUGAGCUCUGACCUCCAGGCUGCCAGAGCCUUGACCAUCAUCUCCAUCGUGGCGGGAAUCCUGGCUAUUCUGCUGGCUGUAGCCGGCGGACAGUGCACCAACUGUGUGGAGGAUCCUUCAUCCAAGGCCAAGGUGGGCAUCGCCGCUGGUGUGAUGUUUAUUAUUUCUGGGGUGCUCUGCCUCAUCCCCGUCUGCUGGACGGCCCACACCAUCAUCCGAGAUUUCUACAACCCGCUUAUGGUGAACGCCCAGAAGAGAGAACUGGGCGCUGCUCUCUACAUCGGAUGGGGUGCAGCUGCGCUGAUGCUGAUCGGAGGGGGGAUGCUCUGCUGUAAUUGCCCUAAAAAAGAUGAAAGGUCAUACCCGGCCAGAUACACAGCAGCCAGAUCUGAAGCUUCAGUACCAGCAUCAGGGAAAGACUAUGUCUGAGUCAAAGAAGUCAGAGAAUGAGUGUUCUUUACCGGGACAUUUUUACUAGCACUGGUGCUGCGACAGUUUCUUCUCACGGGUGUAUGAAGAGAGGAACCACGCCCAUGGAGGACAUUUUGUAACAAUUUUUACUGUGUAUCUCUGCCUGUUAAUAUUAUUUUGAUUUCAUGUAAUACCUUUGUGUAACCUCUGGUUUAUUUUUUGCCACAUGAAUAGGUUGUUUUCAAUGAACAGUUUGUAUGAACAUUUACAAUAUGACGGCUAAGCUGUAAAUAAAUGUUUGUUUACAAAGA